UAUGCACAGUUCAUAAAAAUUUGUGUAUCACUCGAAAGUAUUGAAUAACCUCUUCUGUAAAAUUACGGACUGCAAUUUCCCCAAAGUGCCUCCUACGUAGCCGCUCCCGAGGGUUAGGGUUAGGGGCUUGUAGUUCCAACGCCUGAAUAAGACGCCGACAAGACAAGAUUUGCCACAUUUGCAAUGGAAACACAGCUAUAGAGGAGUUCACGGUAAAGUUGCUGAGCUGAAGCUGUUCAAAGAGGAAUUAUGUAUCCUCUCUGGCCUUCAGGCAACGGCUUCAGAACCUUCCAGAAGGACAGCUUUACUAAAGAUAAGCUUCACUUCAGGCCGUUUGAUCCCCGCGACCUGACAUUGGAGAAAACCGGAGGGACAUCCGGAAGGACGGACCAGAUACAUCGGCAGCUUGGAGGUGGGUCGCCCCGGCAGCCGGAUGGAGAUAGUCGCCGCGAUGAGGCGAAUCAGAUACGAAUUCAAGCUGAAGAACAUAAAGAAAAAGAAGGUCAACAUACUCGUGUCCACCGACUGUGUCAAAGUGAUCCUACGCAAAAAGAAGAAGAGAAAGGACUGGUCAUGGGAUGAAAGCUCCAUGUUGGUGACACAAGACCCCAUCUACAGGAUCUUCUACGUCUCUCACGACGCUCAAGACUUGAAGAUAUUCAGUUAUAUUGCCAGAGACGUGCAGAGCAACGUUUUCCGCUGCAAUGUGUUCAAGUCUAAGAGGAAGUCUCAGGCCAUGAGGAUCGUGCGAACCGUGGGUCAGGCAUUCGAUGUGUGUCACCAGCUGACCCUGCAGCAGAAAAACGAGGAUCAGGAGGAUGAAGAGGGGAGGGUGGAGGAGCUGGAGGCAGCACCAGCGAAGAAGAGGCUGGCGCUGUCAGAGGAGACGGACCUCGAAGGCACCACGGAGGAGAGCAUCGAGUGCGUCUCCUCGUCAGACCCGGAGAAGAACAAAAAGGACGAGGCCCUGGGAGCCGAUGCCAAGGUGUGUGAGGACUCUCCUCUCCUGCUGAGCUCCCCUGUUAUCGAGGCCUCCUCCCUGGCCCAGCCGGCGGCCGAGGCCUCCUGUUCCGCAGAGCACCAGGUCCGGCUGCUCCAGAAGCAGCUCCAGCAGCAAGAGCAGCAGUCGCUGGCAGCUUCCGCACAGGUCCACGUUCUGCAGGAGCAGCUGUCGGUGGAGAUGUGUGCACGCACCGAGGCCCAAGCCCGAGUCCAGAGGCUGCUGCAGCAGAACACCGACCUGCUGCAGCACAUCUCCCUGCUGGUCAAGCAGAUCCAGGAGCUGGAACUCAAAUCGGCCGGACACUUAACGUCUAUGGGUUCCCAGGACAGUCUUCUGGAGAUCACGUUCCGCGCCAAGCCCCCCGGUGCUCCUGGUGCAUCCAUGACUCGUUCCUCAUCCGCGGGCCCGUUAGCAGCUCCUUCCCAGCUCCAGAUCGCUGACGGCGCCUGGUUCUCGGCCCUGUCCGGGCCCUGUUCCCCAGGCGCCGCCGGUGCCGACUCCGACUCUGUCCCGCUGGGGCCAAGCGGCAACGGGGUCCGACUCGAGUGCUUCCGCUUCUCCUCCCUUGUGUCGGACGGCCUGGCUGGGGGCCGGGACGCUGGAGAGACGCCCAGCGACGAGAGCUCGCUGCUGGGGGCCCUGGAGCUGCUGCGCUUCAGAGAGUCCGGCAUCGGGUCGGAGUACGAGUCGAACACGGACGAAAGCGACGACCGCGACAGCUGGGGACAGGGAGAGGGAGCGGACGGUGCCGCACGGCUUCUCAGCGUGCUGAAUUCAGAGAGUCUGCCGGACUGCCUGGGGGACGAGAUGGCCGUUUAGCGGUGUGGCGACGUCUGGACGAGGCGAGAGAAACUUAUGCACCGCUGCGAGGAAACUGGUGCAGAAACUUACUGAUGCAUCACACAAAACUUAUGAGUUGUGAAAAAAAAAAAAAAAACAGAACUCAUCUAUGAAGCUAAAUUGCGGCCAUAACGUUUGUUAAAAAGAAAAGAGAAUAGAAAUUGGAAAAAGGAUUCUAAACUGAAAAAUUAUUUUGAAACUGAAAGAAUAUUUUAAGGUCAAAAGAAUAUUCUAACCUGAAAAAAUGUUCAAAAUUACUUCAGUUUCAAAUCUUCUUUUAAGUUUCUUUUUUUUUUUCUUUUCAAAAAUUUAGCUCCAUACUCAUCUGCACUGUCUGUCAUCUGCAGCUAUAAUGUAACUCUUCACGCGCCUUUCUUUUUCCGACUGUUUUAUUUCUGUAUUUUACUUUCUUUGGUAAAAUUUACUCUCUGAAAGGUUAAAAAAAACUAAACAAGCAGUAUUUCUAUGCUACUGAAAACAUUGAAGCUGAACUGCUAAAGUUAUCAAAGUCUUUUCCUCUGCUGCUCUUCUAGAUCGCUAACAUUUUUAGGGCUUGAAAAAAUAAUCGGCCUCCGCUGCAUCUGCUGUGUGUUCAUCCAGUUGUGAAAUUAAGAGAUGACGAAAUGUUCUGAUAGGAAAUGAUUACCUAGUGUGUUUAUUUUUUUCCCAACAGCUUUGGAAAUAAUAUAUUUUUCACAAGGCAUCUCAGUUUCUACAGAGGUCCAAAAGGGACAAAAUUAAAUAAUUAAAGACGAUGCAGAUAAUUAAUUCAAUUGGUAUUAAUUAAUUCCUGCUCAUCUGUCAGAGUUGCCCAUCAAAGUCGAGUGGCGGUGCUGUGUGCGGGACUAACGCUGAUCUGAUGAACUCCACUGAUUCUUUGAAAAUUAUGGAAUUGUAACAGAGGAUUUUUAAGAGCUUUCACAACUCAUGAGCCCAUUAGACAGAUUUUACAAAUAACAGGCAACAUAGAAGCAAGAGGUUGUCAUCUGGACCACACGGCGGAGAAAGUAUAACAACUGAUUAAAUGCCACGAUUUUCGAAGAAUGAGGCUAAAGUAGUGGAGUUUGACAAACAGUUUUAGCCCCGCCCACAGUUCCGCCCCUUCACUUUAAUGAACACGAUUGACAGAUGAAACUUUCAGGAACAGAAACUAUGAAUUAAUUAAACAUAUAUUUAAAUAAAUGUUUACAAAGAUUGAAUUUUAAUGAUUUAAUUCCAUAUUCAAUAAAUGAUAUAGUGAUAUAUUUAUUUUUGUUUUGUCCCAUUUGGCCCUCCAUAGGUUUUGACAAGUACAGGGCAAUGUCUUUCUGAAACUCGUGUCAAGAAAAAGCUUCUGAAACUUAUUUUAAAAAGUUCCAAAAUGGGUUUUUGUUUUUUGUUGCUAUUAAUCUUUAUUAUGUUUAACAUCAGGUUCAGCAAGUAACGCAUGACCUCAUCCACCUCCUGCAAAUGAAAAGCACAGAGAACAACUCAGCUCUAUAGACAAAAUAUAACUCUUAGCAAUGAAAUAUAAAUCUGAAAUUCAAAGCUGCUGUCACACUGUUAGCUAGUUAGCUGGCCGUUUAUAUGUGUGUAUUGAAAGAACGUUUGUUUCAAAGGUCCAGACAUGAGGAAACAAUGGAAGAUUUGUGGAACAUACCGUCCUGUGAUGUCUUUGAAUUAAUUGUGUCUCUUUUUGAUUUUGAUGUGCUCGUGUUCUAAAUAGUACAUGUGCACUGGGAUCAAGAGUGUGGAAUUCACUGUUCCCAUUCAUGUUGUUGAGAUACCAUGCUCUUUUUUUCUUUUUUACUUUGUCAUACUGAAGGAUCAACUAACCAUCUGGUUAGUCAAUGCCCAACAAGUUCCCCCAAUUUAUCAGACAAAUGUUAGCCAAUCGGAGAAAAGGUAAAGCCAUUACACUUUCAGUUUCAAGCUUCAGCCAUGCUAAGGUUAGUAAGUCUUCAUCACCACAGACAGCAUAGUGUAGCAUGAGAUUAAGUCAAUUAUUGGUCAUUUCAGCAAUGACAUGUAUGUGGCACUCAUACAGCAGAUUUUUGUCAAUAUGUCCAAAAGUUCUGUAGCAGCUACAUUUAACAGUUUCAGAUUGUGUUUGCUACAGUAUGAAAUGUUUAGUAAAGUGAUGCGGAAGUUUUAAUUUUCUAUUUGAGACAAAAGGCAGACGGGCAAUAUUAUCGCAGGGAUAUCAGACAAAUAAACAUCAGUGGGUGCGGAUUUGAUACCACACUGGGUAACUGACUGAAUCAGAAAAUAGGUCAGGCUGCCUUCCGUUGGAGCCACUUCAAGCACCCAUGUGGACCGAGUGUCUGCAUAGCGUAGCGUGAGAUUAGGUAAUGUCAUUAUUGGGUUAUUGCUGUGAAAUUUAUUGCUUUCACAAAUUUGAUUGUAUUUGUGUAUGUGUGUGAUAUAUAUUGUGUCUAAAUUGUUAAGAUUUUGUUUCCAGGUGAAAACAUGAUCAUUAUUUUUGAUCAAAUUGAACAUCAACAGCUUUUCUAUGAGGUAUGUAGCAAGUUUGUGACUUCAAGAACCACUGUUAUAAAAAGUUUGGAUAUAUGUGUUAGCUUCACAUAUUCAGGAAAAAUAAAUUAUAUUUGGGUUAAAAUUUUGGGAGAAAUAAUUAGCCACCUCUUACCUAUGUCUUUUAUCGAACAAGACAAUACAUAGAUAAGUAAUGGUAAGAGAUCUGUUAAAUAAUACAAACUUAGGGCAGACUGAGCUUUUUUAGGCAGCAUUAUAUAAGACUUGCAGAUAAUUUAAUAUAAAAAAUACAAAGGUUGAAAGAUAACAUAUAAUUUCAUUAAAAGAUUUAGGAUUGUUCCUGUAGCUCAUCAGACUAAAUUACCAAGAUAAACCGGACACAGCUUCCAUUUAAAUCCUAAAUUUAAACAUAGCAGCAUGAUGUCAUGUGCUAAGUAUUAAAAACUCUCGAUAAGUAAGAAAAAACUUAUAAUACUAAAUUCGUGAAACAUAUUUCUGAAAGAUCUAAAAGUUGUCAUGACCGCACUGUUUGUUUUUUGUGUAUGUUUGCAAUAUUCAUAUUUAUUUAUAUGGGGCAAUACAUUUUUUUGGAGUAAAUUUUGCAGCGCAGGCUUUAACUUUAAACUGUAAUUAUACAUGGCAUAAAACUGAGCAUGCAUCUAAACAGUAUGACCUUUUAUAUUCACUUGUACAAUGCAUAAAAUAAUCAGCUGGAGUUUCUUCAUUCCGGUUUUGUUAGUUAACAUGUCUGUACAACUCAGACAUUUCAGAGGGAAAUGGCUAACUAGCUUCUGUCCUGCUGCUUAAAAAUGUAGCAGGACAUGUCACACUGUCAGUGCUAAUUACUAAUGGGAUAUAUUUUUGUAAGUCUGGUUAUGUUGUGCUGUCAUGGACAGUUGGUGUAAUUUCAGUGAGAAGAAUUGAGUAAAAGCUUUAUUUAGCUAACAUUAACUUCAUCAAAUCAGAAGAUUUUUGACAGUCAACUUAAUAAUGCUAAUGCUGCUAUGCUAACAGAACUGAGGUUUUGCUCAGUUGCAUCAGCAUUGUGUAGAUUGGAUAUGUCUGCACUGAACAGGGUUUUUUUUAAAACAUGUUGGAUUUAUGAAACCAAUUAGAUUUUUAAAAAAGGAGCAAAUUUAACGUUUCUUAGGACUAUCUUGGAUUGAGACAAGAAUCAAAACAGUAAUAUAUGAACCCCCAUCAAACCCAGGCUAUUUCUGCAUUUCAGACUGUUUAAACCUGUUUAUUCGAUUAUAAAAAAAACAACAGAAAUUUUGUUUUUUUUUUUUUAGUUUUGAAAAAGAUUGUUUCAAUCUUGUUCUCAUAACCUAAUUGUAAUUUAGAAAGUGUUGUUCAGCUACACUUAUUGCUCAUUUUCAUUAGCCUUGUUGCUGAAACACUGUGUUUCCAUUGACCAUCUAAUUGCACAAUUUCACAUUUCGAAAGUAAAUUUGCUUUAUGGAACCGUGUCAAUUUUGAAACAUCUCUAGUUUUCUGAUUAAAAUGUUUUAUCUCUAGGAUGAGGUGGGUUUUUCUUGGCUGUAUAAAAAUGAGUUUCUUUCGCAAAAUUGCAAUGGAAAUACUUUUGUCGCUUCACACGAGUCACACGAUCGACAACAAGAUGUUACCACUAGCGCAAACCACGAAGAAGACAAGAAGUAGUUGGACAAUGACAUGGCAUGUCUCAUAAUGACUUAUCACGUGAACGAACUUGGAUUGCGUUUCUUCUUUAAUAGAAAUUGCAAAAUUGUGUUGUUGUUUUUUUGUUGUUUUUUUCGACAUCAGUGGAAUAAUGACGAAGUUUUACGCACAUUAUUUUAGUGGAAACGCAGCUACUGGCUGCUCCUCCACACCGCCCCACUCCUAGUAAAACAAGCCGUCCCUCCAGUACUACGUCGUGGCUGUCCGUAAACUGCUGCGUCAUUGUUGCGUCACACGUUGAAAUGUUUUGAGACAAUUUUAGGAGCGAUGACGCUCUGUCGGACACUUUUGGACUCUAAUGCACCAGCUCCACCAUGAUGACUGUGAGUGUAUUUAUUAUCUGUGUCCCCGAGCCGGGACGGUAUCUCUGAGCCGUUUCUAAACGUGAAUAUUGGGUUCCAUUCUCUCUUUUUUCUUCCUCACCUUUCACUUAAAGUUUCUAACCUCUUUCCUCCUCUCUUUCUGUCUUACCUACAUUUUUUUCCUCCAAGGUUAUGUCUGUUCACAAGAAGUGUACUAAAAAUGAAAGUGCACUUAUGUUGAUGUUCCUCGUGGAAUUAAAUGUCCUUUCUCAAAAUCCA